UAACAGAUCCGUAGGAGCGUCAGAGAAGUUUGAAGUGACGUGAGAGUGAUUGUGGUGCAACGCCACUCCUCUAAACUUUACCAAACCUAUAAAAGAGCCGCGGAAAUAACCAAAGGUAUCCAGUUUAGGCUCAAACAUCCAAACAUCAACAUGAAGGCUUUCGUCGCUGUCCUCUCCGUCUUGGCUUUGGCCGCCGCUGAUCAAUCCAGCCAUCAAACUAUCAAGCACGGCAAUGCUCCGGCUGUCCACUCCUCCAUCCACAAGCCCCAUGGUGGCUCUCAUGCCCAUGUGGUGAGCCAACCCUCCGCUCAACCCAAUGAGGUCAACCAGGCCUACAAUGAGGAGAAGUACACCGCUGCUGCCCACGCUCCCAGCCAUGAGGUCCGCACUCCCGCCUACCAUCCAGCUCCCCACCACGCUCCUGUUCACCAUGCUCCCGCUUACCAUGCCGCUCCCGUUCACCAUGCCCCUGCCUACCAUGCUGCUCCCGUUCACCACGCCCCUGCCCCAUACCACCCAUCUCCUGUCCAUCAUGCCGCCCCUGUCCACCAUGCCCCUGCUCCUUAUCACCCUGCUCCCGCUCAUGGUCAUGCUCAUGGUGAUGAGUAUGAGGCCGCCCCUGUCUACCAAUACGGUUAUGCCGUGGCUGAUGAUUACUCUGGAUCCAACUUCGCCCAAAACGAGAACCGUGACAACUAUGCCACCAACGGCGAAUACCGUGUUGCCCUUCCCGAUGGUCGCACCCAAAUCGUGAGCUACAGUGUUGCCGAUGCCUACUCCGGUUAUGUGGCUGAUGUCAGAUACGAGGGAGAGGCCAAGUACGAGCCUUACCAACCCGCUCACAAGAACGCCUACCAUCCUGCUCCUGCUCCUGCUUACAACGCCUAAGCUUCAUGUUGAUGAUAUUUAUCUCUAUCUAUGACAAUAAAGAAAGGCUAAACCUCUAAAAUA